ACCUGCUUCUCUCUCCCUGCAACAAACACUCAGCAGGUGACUCGCUCCAUCACAACCCUGCGGCUCGCCUCCUUCUCCUCCACUCGGCUGAGGUUCGUCCCCGGGGACAGAGAAGAAGAAGAAGAAGAAGAAGGAGAAGAAGAAGGUGAAGAUGCCCCUCCAUUCCCAGGCCGUGAACACCCAGUCAGACGGGAAGUCGUAUGAGCAGCUGAGGCAUGAAUGCCUGCAGAAGGGCGUCCUGUUCGAGGACCAGGACUUCCCCGCCGCCGGCCCCUCCAUCUUCUACAGCCAGAGCGUUCCCGUCAAUAUCGAAUGGAAGAGGCCUAAGGAGAUCUGCGAAAACCCAAAGUUCAUCGUGGGCGACGCGAACAGGACCGACAUCUGCCAGGGACAGCUCGGCGACUGCUGGCUCCUGGCAGCCAUCGCAUCCCUCACCCUGAAGAAAGACGCCCUGGCCCGGGUCGUCCCCCACGACCAGGACUUUGACCGCAGAUACGCCGGCAUCUUUCACUUCCAGUUCUGGCAGCACAACCAGUGGCUGGACGUGGUCGUGGACGACCGACUCCCGGCGGUGAGAAAUCAACUCAUCAUGCUUCACUCCGCCUCCAACGACGAGUUCUGGAGCGCCCUGCUGGAGAAGGCCUACGCCAAGCUGCACGGCAGCUACGAGUCCCUGAAGGGCGGCAGCACCAUGGAGGCCAUGGAGGACUUCACCGGCGGCGUGGGAGAAGUGUACGAAACCAAGACACCGCCCGGCAACCUGUUCGCGAUCAUGAAGAAGGCCCUGGACAGAGGCUCCAUGAUGGGAUGCUCCAUCGAUAUCAGCAGCUCUGCAGAGUCGGAGGCCAAGACGACCACCGGCCUGGUGAAGGGACACGCCUACUCCAUCACCGGCGUGGAGGAGGUGACUGUGAGAGGACAGAAAGUGCAGCUCGUCCGGGUCAGGAACCCCUGGGGUCAGGUCGAGUGGAACGGCGCCUGGAGUGACGACUCCAGAGAGUGGAACUACGUGGACGCGGCGGAAAAAAAGCGCAUCCUGCAGAAUUCAUCGGAGGACGGUGAAUUCUGGAUGGAGUUUCAGGACUUCAAGAGGAACUACGACAAGGUGGAGAUCUGCAACAUGACCCCCGACGACCUGAGCGACAACUCAAAGCGCCACUGGGAGGUCAGCACGUUCCAGGGGAACUGGAUUCGCGGCUCCACCGCUGGAGGCUGCAGGAACUUCAUCGACACGUUCUGGACCAACCCGCAGUUCAAGCUGGAGCUGGAGGACGCCGACGACGAGGACGACGUGUGCAGCGUGGUGAUCGGUCUGAUGCAGAAGAACAGACGGAAGCUGAGGAAGGAAGGCAUGGACCUGGAGACCAUCGGCUUCGCCGUGUACGAGGCUCCAGACGACGAGGACCAGCAGGGGAAGGACUUCUUCCGCUACAACCCGUCCAAGGCUCGCAGCAAGACCUACAUCAACAUGCGGGAGGUGUCCGAGCGCUUCACGCUGCCGCCGGGGAAAUACCUGCUGGUGCCCACCACCUUCCAGCCGCACCACGAGGCCGACUUCCUCAUCAGGAUCUUCUCCGAGAAGAAGGCCGGAGCGCUGGAGAUGGGGAGCAACGUCGAUGCCGACCUGCCAGACCCGCCCAUGCCCAGCGAACCAAACGAGGAGACGGACGAGGAGCGAGGCCUGAGGAGGCUGUUUGAGCAGCUGGCCGGCGAGGACGAGGCCAUCUCUGUGAGGGAGCUUCAGCAGAUGCUCAACGGUGUUCUCAGCAGACGAAAAGAAAUCAAGUUCGAAGGCCUGAGUCUCAGCACCUGCCACAGUAUCAUCAACCUGAUGGACGUGGACAACACCGGGCAGCUGGAGUUCCAGGAGUUUAAGGUCUUCUGGGAAAAGAUGAAGAAGUGGAUUAUGCUCUUCUUGUCCUUCGACACCGACCGCUCAGGCAAGAUGUCGUCCUACGAGCUUCGCAGCGCUCUCAAAGCCGCAGGCAUGCAUCUGAACAACCAGCUCCUGCAGCUGAUCGGCUUGAGGUUCGCCGACGACAACUACGACAUCGACUUCGACGACUACCUCACCUGCAUCGUCCGCCUGGAGAACAUGUUCAGAGCUUUCCAGGCCGUGGACGAAUUCAAGAGGGGGCGUGUGAAAAUGAACAUGAUGCAGUUCCUGAUGUUGUCGAUGAACGUCUGAGGAGGAGCAGAGAGCCGACAGGAGCCACCGGAAGAACAAAACUAAACGGACGGAGUUCGAGUGCAUGUGUGUCGAAUGUUCAGGCCGUGAUGGCGUAAAUCUUUUAUAAUUCUCGACAUGUUUUUAAAAGCCAAUAAAUGCCGAUGCCCACUAUUUGGGAAGGUGCUGUGUGAGCUGAAGCUGUGGAAUCUGGGGGGUGGGGUGUUGCUGACUUGUGCUUUUGGACUAAACAUUUUUUUUAAAUCAUGAAUGGAAAUAAAUUUUGAAUAAAAAAUAUUUGCCUUCUA